GAUGAAUAAAGUGUUAUCUUAAUAAUAAUAAUAAUCGUAAAGAAAGUACGUGUUUUUUAUCUUUAUAAACAUUGAUUUUAUGUGGUCGGUUGUCAGUGACGUCACCGGAAGCUGUAACUGACCUUCCGGUCCUGUUAGCGGUCUGUUUUUGGUCAAAUGGCGGAGUUCGGUCAGGGUCUAAGGAGAGGAAUUAACAUACUAUCCGCCCGCAGGAACAGGCGGAAGUUAACGGUAUGGACCGGCCUUAGUUCAGCAUGCGUCCGGGUAAACUGUGGCGUCAGAGAGGAAUCAUGCCGAGAACAAGGUGAAGUUCAGCCAGAGUCAGAAACCAGAGCUGUGCAGCACAGUUUGAGUAAAGGUCAACAUAAACAGGAGUUAGAGAGUCGGCUUUCUGCUACUACUCUGAAGUUGAAUUCACAAACUCUUUGCCUUCAGUUUAGAAACAAUGUCCAGACUGUUCAUAAACCAGCCCUGCACCAUAAUGGGUUCAGGAUGUCAUCCUGGUCCAGGAGAGCUGUUUGCAUCCCUGGCAGCUGUAGGUCUCUGCAGCAGCAGCAGAUACAGAUCCGUCCUCUCUACACUGCCUUCGUCAUUCUGGCAGAGCACUGUGGCACAGGUCAUGGACGACAAACACUACGUCAUGGUCAACUUAUAACAAUUAGAACAUACAGCUGGAGAAGUGACGGCAGCUCCAAGGGAUCUCCUCUGAACAGAAGCAGGACAGCCUACUACGACAUCCUCAAAGUGUCCCCCACUGCCACACAGUCCCAGAUCAAGAGUGCCUACUAUAGGCAGUGUUUAAUUCACCAUCCUGACAAGAACCCUGGGAAUGAGGAGGCUUCCCUGCGCUUUGCUGAGAUAAGUGAGGCUUACACAGUGCUGAGCGACAGCAGUCUCAGGAGGAAGUAUGACCAACACAUCCUGAGCAAGUCGGACAUCCAUGGUGUUGGGAGAGCAUCCUCAAGACCGCCGCAGCAGCAGCAUCAGGAGGGAGCCAGCCAGUUUUCCAAAUCUGGCAAAAAAGUCAUGUUUGAUUUUGAUGCGUUUUACCGAGGUCACUAUGGAGACGAGUUGCAGAGACAGAGGUACACGAAAGCCAGAAUGGAACAGAGGAAGAAGACGGAGAAGGAAGUACAACAGACUCUGAUAAAAAUAGCUGCUGUGUUUUUUGUUGUUGUAUGGCUGUUCCUGUUACAGCUGUAGCUUCAAGAAGAGUAAGAAACCACCCCAGGUUGGUUUCAGGUUGCCCAGAUUCUCAGGAGACAGGCUGCUAACUCAGACUGUUUUUGCUUCUAUUGCACAUUUUUAAAUUAUUGUUUACAUAUCACUGUAUAAAGGACUGACAGUAUAAUUUAUCGGACACAAUAAUAGUAGAUAAAAAUAAUAUAAAAAAAUGAACUAUAUUGAUCACAUAUUUGGGAAAUUCUUGUAUUAACAGCAGAUAUGCCUGAUCCGAGGGCAACUGGACGGAGUAGGUGUUUUUUUUUUCACCUCUCAUCUAAGAGGCUUCUUCAGUCAGGUGAAACGUCUUCCAAAAAACAAACAAUAAAAAAAAACCCUACUCCAAGUUACCCUUGAUGUAACUAUUUUUGGAUAAAAUGACCUGGAUAACUGAGAACCUACGCAGACAAAAAUGGUAAAUACGUUUGUGAAAAUGUGGUGAAUUAUCAAGCAAUUCUAAAAGCAUUCAAGAGCAUUGAGUGCUUUUAGAAUUACGUCUCAUCAAUUUUAGUUUUAACAAUAGAUAAAGCAAAUCAGACAAAAAAGCCUCUUUUUUUUUGUUUAUGCAAAUGGAGGGUACGUGAAAACAAAGAACAGUGCACAAUACGUCACUUUUCUCCUUGUUGAAUGUAAACGUUGCCUUUGUUAUUUAAAUCAAUGACAUCUGCUUACUGUACAUUACUUGACUGUUAUAAAAUUGUACCUUUGAAUGAGAUUCACUUACUGUCUGACAGGUUUCCAUGAAGACGAUGUGUUUGUGCCACAACCUAAAAAAGAGCAUUGGUUGUUGAAUGGACAUUCUUUCUUUCUUUAUUUUAUUUAUCGAAGGCUACAUUCGUAUCAGCCAACUCUCUGUGGUGAAGGACAGCAGUCGAUGUGAAAAGGGUUUGUUCACCUUUUAUUCACAGAAAUAUAAAGAAGUAUGUCAAGUACAUCACUUUGUACAAAAAUUGCACAGACUCUUCAAAA